CCGGCUAUCCCAACCCCCUCGUACCGGACGUGAUGUCAAUCGCCGGCUACCUCCACCCCACCCCUCACUGUCGCGAACAUGGCCGCGCCCAUGUGCGCGCGGUGAGGUUGUUGGAGGAGUCAUUGCCGCUGCUGCGUUUGCUGAGCUCUCUCUCGUUUAUUUAGACGCCGUACGCGUGCAGUGUGUGUAUUCGAAACAUGUGCACUCGUUGAAGUGCACAAAGCCGCUGGCAGUGGUGGCACACACACCGUCGUCUCAGUGGCGAAUGACGGCUGAAGUUUAAAACUUGCUUUGUAGUUGUGUGGGGGGGGGGGGGGUUAUUUUAUUGUUAACGUAUUAGAGACUGAAACUUUAGUGCGUGAGGUUUUUGGACUGGGUCCCAAUAGGCUUGGAAAGCACAGCAUGAAUAGCCCCCAUUGGAGCACUUGAAGGGGUCACUGAAACCAGGGUAGUGUUACUAUAUUACUGUCCUGCCAAUGUCAUCGGUGAAGGUUUAAUUGGGUUCCAGCGGACGCGAUGUACCUUUUGACAGCAACGUUGCGCGCGAGCGUCUCCACCCUUCGCGGGGCCGCACAGCUGACAGCCCGUGGGGCGGCUCGAGGAGGCGCUGUCGCUCACCGAUGGCCUCUGGGCUCCUCUGCCUUAGGCAAGAAUGGCACGUUGGACAGUGCCAUACGCACCUGGAGCCGAUUGUUGGGGACAAGUGUGGCCAGAGUGGGCAGAGCUGCCGGGCGCUCUGCGGUAUCAUCUUCCUAUCGGGCCGUGUUUUUCACUGGGAGUGCUUCGCUUGUAGUGGGGCUGAGACUGUGUGGUCGCACAGUUCACUGUGAUGUGGACAUUAACAAUAACAAGAGCAACAUACAUGUGAAUAACAACAGCGAGCCAUCCUUCAACUGGAAACUCUUCUGGAAGUUCUUGAAUAAGGAGAUACUGGCAUUGGCUUUAGCUGUUGUGCUGGCAUUUGGUGCUGCCAUUUUGAACAUUAAGAUCCCCAUGCUGCUGGGGGAGCUGGUGAACGUGGUGUCUCGUUACGUGCAGGAGCAAGCAGGGGACUACCUCGCAGACAUGAGGCUGCCAGCCACUCGCCUUCUGGUCAUGUACGGCUUCCAGGGAGCACUGACCUUUGGAUACAUUGCACUGCUCUCCCAAGUUGGUGAGAGGAUUGCAGCCUCUAUGAGGAAAAGCCUAUUUGAGGCACUUAUCAGGCAAGAUGUGGCAUUUUUCGAUGCUAACCGGACAGGCCACCUUGUAAACCGACUCACCUCGGAUGUCCAAGAGUUUAAGUCAUCCUUCAAACUUGUCAUUUCCCAAGGUCUCCGCAGUGUGACACAGACUGUUGGCUGCGUGGCCUCAUUGUAUCUGAUCUCCCCCAAGCUCACGGGCUUAAUGGUGGUGGUGAUGACAGCGAUGGUUGGUGGUGGAGCUUUAAUUGGUUCAUUCCUGCGUAAACUCUCCAGGCGAGCACAAGAACAGAUUUCCAAGGCAACUGGAGUAGCAGAUGAAACCUUGGGCAAUGUGCGGACUGUGAGAGCCUUUGCUAUGGAAGAUAGCAAGUCUGAGCAGUAUGCAGUUGAAGUGGAUAAAUCAUGCAAAAUGAAUGAGGAUUUAGGGAUUGGAAUAGCAAUAUUUCAAGGCCUCUCCAAUAUUGUUCUUAAUUGCAUUGUACUGGGCACCAUUUUUGUUGGUGGCUCACUCAUGGCUGGAGAGGAGCUCUCUCCUGGAGAACUCAUGUCGUUUUUGGUUGCUUCCCAGACUGUGCAACGGUCAAUGGCUAGCGUAUCCAUUCUCUUUGGACAGAUGGUGCGAGGGCUCAGCGCAGGCGCUCGCUUGUUUGAGUACAUGGAGCUUGAGCCCUCCAUCCCAGUCCGAGGUGGUGGCAUCAUUCCCCACCACUCCUUCCUCGGCCACGUGCGCUUCAACAACGUCACGUUCAGCUACCCAACACGGCCAGGGCAGGUGGUCCUGCACAAUUUCAGCCUGAACCUUCCUCCCUCCCAGACUAUUGCCAUUGUGGGGUUGUCUGGAGGAGGAAAGUCGACAGUCGCAGCGCUUCUGGAGCGGUUUUACGACCCAGCGAGUGGUUCGAUCACGCUGGACGGGAAGGACCUUCGCACUCUCGACCCCUCCUGGUUACGGGGCCGAGUUAUCGGCUUCAUCAACCAAGAGCCUGUGCUGUUCGGCACGACCAUCAUUGAGAACAUUCGCUUUGGGAAGCCCGGAGCCACAGACGAUGAGGUUUAUGCUGCAGCUCGGCUCGCGAAUGCCGACGAUUUCAUCAGGAGCUUCCCUGACGGAUACAACACUGUUGUUGGCGAGCGCGGCGCCACGCUGUCGGGCGGGCAGAAGCAGCGGGUGGCCAUCGCGCGUGCGCUCAUCAAGCAGCCCGCGGUGCUGGUGCUAGACGAGGCAACGAGCGCGCUGGACGCCGAAGCCGAGGGCGCCGUGCAGGAGGCGCUGGAGCGUGCCGCGCACGGCCGCACCGUGCUUGUCAUUGCGCACCGCCUCAGCACUGUCGCUGGCGCCAACCUCAUCUGCGUGGUGGCCGGUGGAACGGUGCAGGAGAUGGGAACCCAUGCUGAGUUACUGAAGAAAGGGGGCCUUUAUGCGGAGCUCAUCAGACGACAAAACAUGGAGCAACACAAGUAACGUGGUGGAUUAUUCCACCGUGGAAGAAGGGGAGCAGCAAGUCCACGGCCUGCGUCAUGGCUUUUACUGUGGUACUGUGUUGCCAUUGGCAGGGAAAUCAAUGCAAAAGCAGUACUUCUAUUGGAUGCCAUAAUGUUAACCCUUUUGAGUGGGUCAUAUGUUUUACAAGACUGAUUUUAAUUAAAUGUCUAUAUUACUGUAAAAGGAGCUCUGUAUUAUUUGGGUCUUUCGGUAAAGUCACGUAGAUAGGUUCAAAUAAAAUAACAAAAAACGACGACGUUUCGAUCGCAACACAAGCAGUCGUCAUCAGGAAAAGGGGUUUAGCUUCUAAAGGCAAACUGUUACUAGUAGGAACGAAGUUGUAAACUGAGUGUACCAGCCUGCAAUAGAUUAAUGUGUCCGUCCGUCCGUCCCCUUUCAAUACUUUAACGAAGUGAAAUCUCGUGCUGUUGGGUGUAAAAUCAGCAGUAGACAGCGCAGAGACUUGUCCUACCAGCCCACCCUGCAGGGACCUGUUUAUAAAGGUUUGAAAUGGGUGUAGCCCAAAUGUCAGCAGCAUGGGCGGGGCAGCUAAAGUUAAUGUAGUGGUGGACGGCGACCGCGACGGUGGUGGGUUUUUCCACCAAUUGAAGGGCUGCCAGGUAACAACAUGUUAAUGUAAGAUCGGUGAGCGGUCUCCACGGCGAGCGCGCUGAGGUGGCUAUGUUAAUGUGAGAUAUAAGCAUGUUAAUGGCAGAUCGCAGAGCUGCAACCUAUAGGUGGCUGUGUAAGUGUGAGAAAUGUAACCUCUCCCUGAGAGCUAUGUAAAAUCGGGAGAGCCGAAAAUAACUAACAUCGGUGCGGUGGUAGGAUGGGAACGUCGUAGUUUUUUGGGUUAUUUUCUUUGAACCUAUCUACGUGACUUGACCGAAAGACCCAAAGAAUAUGAAUUCCUGCAGUCACGAAAGCUUUAAGGCAAGAUUUGUGAGCUCUGUAAUGACUUGUGAAAAAUGUUGCUGCUGUGCACUCAUAUCACCAGAAGGUGGUGGUGUCUGUCCUAUUGCUGUUUUAAGUUAAACCAGCGUCAAUCAGAAUCUUUAUUUGUCAGUCGGCUUUCAAAUCAACUUGCACCCAAUUCUUCUGUCUUCCAUUAAAAAAAACUGGGAUUGACAAUGAUGCUGUAUGAGUCACCUAAGCACAGUGGAAUGCAGUGCAAUGUUUGAGAAAUGAAUAUGCCACCACAAUUGUACUUUUAAUGGAAUACUGUAAAAGGGUUUUUUUCAGAACUGUUUGACACAAUCCAUAUUAAUUAUCUGUUGAUAUAUUUGCACAUGCAUGGACCAGGAAUCAGGACUGUGACCAAUUAGAAAACAUUGUUUCUGAUCUGUACUUAAAUAAGCAAAUAUGAUGUGGAAUUCUUCCUUUUUUAUGGCCAUCCUAGUACUGUAUAUAUGUAUAAAAUCAAUGCAACAUUUCAGAUGAUGUACGAGGUACUAUAAUACUGAAUUAAGGGCAUUAAUACAACACAAUGUGUUGAAGAAUUGUGCGAACUUGGAAAAAAAUGUGGCCAUUCGAGACAACAAAUAUUAGUUGUCUGUGUGUAAUGGUGAAAUAUAAUAUGAUUUUUCAAUUUAUUAUGCUAACGUUAACAGUUUUACUGUGAAAAUAAAAUGAUCAAAGGCGUGCACCGUUUAAAAGUUUUUAAUUUCGGAAAUGAAAUUAAACAAUUUAAUAGUUACAGUUGAACACCUUUAAAUCAAUUUGGUCUUGUGACCCAGCCAGCCUACGAGCAUGCAUAUUGACAAGGGAGGCACUGUUAAUUUUCACCCAUUGAGCUUUGGCUCGUGUCUCUCUCGGCGAUGUUUGUGGCUGUUUUUUUGUGAGAAAUGUUUUAGCGUGAAACCGAAACAUUCACCGCCUCUACUCGCUUACCCCCAGUAGAGGGCACACAUCUUUUUUGCCAGUGAAACAUUUCGGUUGGGUGCCUUGCAGGGCGAUCCAUUUUAUAUAUACCCCAGUGAUUUCUAAUGAGCUUUAUUCUUAACAAGUAAUGAAAUAUUGUCGAAACGAUGGCGCCAUGUCUAUGUGCAUCAUGAACUUGAUAAGUGGAUUGAGAUUUGUUGAAGACGUAUAUAGGCUUCCAAAUGAAACUGUUUUCCUAAUUGCUCAUUUUAGUGGACAUCUAGAAAUGGAUGAUAAUAAGUGUAAUUUGUGAAAGUAAAAUAAAAAGUACACACUACACAGCA